AAUCAAUCCCCCGACACGUGCGUCCGGCAAACCGUGGCCUUCCGUGUCCAGCGGCCGCCGUCCCGUCCGGCGUUUUCCCACUCUCGCGCUCUCCCUCCCUUCGUCGGAGUCACGGGGAGGGGGGUCCAGGUGCAGGCGACCGGUCCUUUUCUCAAGAGUUGAUGUUUCACCUCGUAAUAAUUAUUUAGCGCUCAUCCUUGCGGUUAAUGAUUGACCGCCUUUGUUCUGGCCUCGUACCAAUUGAUUCUUUUGGACUCUCUGUGACACGUUCUGAAAAGUGAAGCUUUUUCUUGACGUCGACGUGCUCAUUUGGACUUUUUGGAACGGUGGCUGGGUUUUAAAAAAAAAAAAAGUUUUCUCCAAGUCGUGGAGUUGACUGGGAGGUGCCGGUUGUGGGGCCGGAGAAGGAGGUCCUUUUCAAUUUCUCAUUAAUUCAGCGGUGGCCCUUUCAGUUUUUAAAGCCCGCCCACUGACCAUUAUCAGCCAGGAGGCCUUAAAUACACCGCCGCUCGCUUUUUGUCUCAACACUCAACACACACUUGCGGGUGUGCGCAGAAUUUGCAGCCACACACCACCAUGAGGGAGUUCAAGAGCAAAGCCUUCUGGAGGGCCGUCCUGGCCGAACUGGUGGGCAUGACCCUGUUCAUCUUCCUCAGCAUCGCGGCGGCCAUCGGCAAGCCCGGCGAUCCGGGUCAAGAGGUCAAGGUGUCGCUGGCCUUCGGGCUGGCCAUCGCCACGCUGGCGCAGAGCCUGGGCCACGUCAGCGGCGCCCACCUCAACCCGGCCGUCACGCUGGGCAUGCUGGCCAGCUGCCAGAUCAGCGUGUUCCGGGCCGUCAUGUACGUCGUGGCCCAGAUGCUGGGCUCGGCCCUGGCCAGCGGCAUUCUGUACGGAGCGCGGCCCGCCGCCACCGACGCGCUGGGCCUCAAUCAGCUGAGCGGCAUCACCCCCAGUCAGGGCGUGGGCAUCGAACUACUGGCCACCUUCCAGCUUGUCCUCUGUGUCAUCGCCGUGACUGAUAAAAGGCGACGCGACGUCAGCGGCUCCGCCCCCUUGGCCAUCGGCCUCUCCGUGUGCCUGGGACACUUGGCGGCGAUCAGUUUCACUGGCUGCGGAAUCAAUCCCGCACGCACCUUCGGUCCGGCUUUGAUCCUGAACGACUUCAGCAACCACUGGGUGUACUGGGUGGGGCCCAUGUGCGGCGGCGUGGCGGCGGCCCUCGUGUACGACUUCCUCUUGUCGCCCAAGUUCGACAACUUCCCCGAACGCAUCCGGGUGCUGGUGAGCGGCCCGGCGGACGACUACGACGUCAACGGCGGCAACGACGCCUCCACCGUGGAGAUGGCUACGAAAUAAGCGGCCGAGCACGCAGCUCGCCGCGCUUGUUUAUACGCCAUUGUAAAAAGAAAGAAAGAAAGAAAGCUGUUUGUCUUACCGGAAUUUUAUCUGGAAGCUGGCGCACACACACACACGCAUGCACACAAGCCACAGCUUCGGUAUUGCAAAAAGCUUAUCAGCUUGUGUCGAAAUGUUCCCCCAAUAUCAGUAUUCUAUGUUCUGCUAUUAUUUUGUACACAUGUACGGGCUUUUAUCACUUUUUGUCUGUAUGGUAUUGAAAAUGUCACUUUUUUAAAGAAAUUAAACGUGUUGAACCUC